UAGUCCCUCAUUACAGAAUUGCGCAAUUUGCAUAAUAGUAACAGUAAUGAGAAUAACGACAAAUUACUCCAAUUUACCUCGACGAAACUUUAAUACUGAAGACAAUGGAUUUUGUACUAGCCAUUCUGGCGUCGACUAUUUACAACGUUAACUUACAAUUACAAUGGAAAUACUUACCCUCAAUUUCUUUGUGCUCACCCUAGUCGGACUUUGGAAGCCCCGCGGAUGGUCUGGAAUUAAAGCCGUUCUUUAUCAUUUUUACACAGCAAUCGUAAUUUUCGCGAACAUUUCAUUUCUUUUCUCGGGGAUCAUGGACUUAGAGUUUGUUAACGUCGACAUCGCUGCCAUCAUCGACAACAUUUCACUGCUUCUAAGUCUCGUUACCAUCCGACAGAAAACUGCCUGUGCAAUCGGGAAUCGCAAAGACAUCAAAGAAAUCAUAGAUACCCUCGGUCGCAGUCCUUUCAAGCCUCAAGAUCAAGAAGAAGAGAAUAUCGUAAAACGCUUCGAUGGAUUUACUGGAUACAUCCUCAAAUACUACCCAGUUUUAUUUACCAUGGCCAUAACAUGGUAUUCAAUAGGUCAUAUAUUUCUGAUGGAUCCUCCACAAGUUCUGCCAUACAGAGGAUGGUUUCCCUACAGCUACAACUCGACAGCUAUUUACUGGAUAACGGCCAUCUACCAGCUCUACGCGAUAUGCAGUGCGGCGUCCAUAAAUCUCGCAUUUGAUCCGCUCUUGCCAUGCAUUAUCUGCCAUAUGUGCGCGCAAGUUCACAUUCUAAGAUACAGAUUCGAUUUGAUGAUAAAAAAACUGGAAGUUAUCUACGGCACUCACCCCAAAGAUGUUAUUACGUCUUCAGAACGUAGGAUGGUCGGGGAAUGGGUCGAUCACCACAUCAGUGUCCUUAACCUAAUUAAAUACAUAAACGCUACCUGGUCUAAAGUGAUAUUUGUCCAGUAUACAGCGAGCUCAUUGAUAUUAUGCACGGUAGCAUACGUACUCUCACACAUGAAUGCCGCAUCAAUGAAUUUCGCGGGUAAUUUCUUCUACUUCAUAGCAAUGAAUUUCCAAAUAUUUUUCCAGUGCUUUUGCGCUAAUCAAGUUACACUAGAG